AUGCUAAAAUACCCCACUUUCGCAUUUUUCUUCUUCUUUAUUUGUCUUGAACCUACUGCUUCAGCUUCUUUUGCUGAAGCUACCGCUCUCCUGAAAUGGAAAGCCAGUAUUAUAAAUAAAAACAACUCGAAACUAAAAUCAUGGAAUCUUGAAACCAAGAAUUCCACCAAUUUUUCUGGCCAUCCAAAAGCAAGUUCAAGUCCAUGCAAUUGGUUUGGAGUUUCUUGCAUUGACGGAAGUGUCAAUAGGUUGAACCUCACAAAUGCAAGCAUUCAUGCCUUCCUCUACGAGUUUCCAUUCUCAUCUUUCCCAAAUCUGGCUUAUAUAGAUCUCUCUGUCAACCGUCUCUUUGGCACCAUUCCACCUCAAAUUGGUAAACUCUCUAACCUUGUCUAUCUCAAUUUAUCAACCAAUCAGUUCAGAGGAACUGUCUCACCUCAAAUAGGUAAACUUUCCAAACUCGACUAUCUUGAUCUAUCAGCUAAUCAGUUUACAGGAACUAUUCCAUCGGAAAUAGGACAAUUGAGUAAUCUGAAGUUUCUUCCUCUAUUGCAGGCACAUAUGGUUAUUUCGCUCCAGAACUUGCGUAUACAAUGA